AUGUCUUUGACUCCACAACAGGCUUUCAAGAAGUUGCCGCAGACACUACAAAACUUCUUCACGAGGUACCCUCCCGCGCCGUUCAAGAAGUAUGCUACCGAACCCACGCUAACCAGCGCUGAGGACGCAAACCCAUUUCUUUACAACAGACACCCUGUGACCCAGAAGGUCCAGGAUCCAAUCUACUCAAUGAGGAGACAGUCGGAUCUGUUCAAGUUGGCUUAUAAGUUCGGCGUGGCCGAUCUGCUGCCUGCGCUGAACAACGACAAGAAGUUCUUCCAGGAGAAGUAUGACACAAAACCAACGCUGAGAGGUGUGACAUCGCCAAAGGGUCACAAGUGGGAGAGAACUUUUACCAAGAGAAAGACCAGAAUUGCGGACGCGUUGGACAAGGUGGACGACAUACUGAUCGAGGCCAGAGGUACCAAGUACAAGAAGAGACUGGAGAGAAGGGAGAAGGAGAAGAGAACCUGGUAUUGA